AUGGAGCAACUCACGAACAUGCGCAUCUUCCUGGCUAUUUUCCUGCCUCUCCUCGUGAUACUGAAGGCGAGGAAGCGCCUCAGCAGCAGCAGCAAUGCCGUGAGGCUGCCACCCGGGCCGUGGCAGCUUCCGGUCAUUGGGAGCCUCCACCACCUUCUGCAUAGCCCGCUGCCGUACCGCGCCAUGGCGGACCUCGCGCGCCGGCUCGACGCGCCUCUCAUGUCCCUCAGGCUCGGCGAGCUCCCCGUCGUGGUCGCGUCGUCCCCUGACGCCGCCCGCGAGCUCAUGAAGACGCACGACGUCAACUUCGCGACGCGGCCCUGGAGCCCCACCAUGCGCAUCCUGUUGGCCGACGGGGAGGGGCUCGUGUUCGCUCCGUACGGGCCCCUGUGGCGGCAGCUCCGCAGGAUCAGCAUCCUGGAACUGCUCAGCGCGCGCCGCGUCCAGUCGUUCCGGCGCGUCCGGGAGGAGGAGGUCGGCCGCCUCGUCGCCGCCGUCGCCGCGGUCACGCCGGGUGAGGCGGUGAACGUCAGCCGGAGGAUCGCCGAGACCAUCAUGGACAUGACGAUGCGGAGCAUCAUGGGCGACCGUUUCGAGAAGCGUGACGAGUUCAUGCAGGUGUUCGCCGAGGGGGUGAAGAUCACCUCCGGGUUUAACCUCGGCGACCUGUUCCCGUCGUCAAGGCUCACUAACUUCCUCAGCGGUAACGCGUGCCGGGCAGAGGCUAACCACCGCAAGAACGGUGAGCUGGUUGACAGCGUCUUCAGGCAGCACGAGGAGAAGAGGGCUGCGGCGGCUGAUGGCGCCGUGGAGGACGAGGAGGACCUUGUGGACGUGCUGAUGAGGAUACAGAAGGAAGGCAGUCUCGAGGUGCCGGUGACUACUGGAAUCAUCAGGGCCUUUAUUCUUGACCUUUUUGCCUCGAGGGGUGAAACAACAGCGAACGCGCUCCAGUGGGCCAUGUCGGAGCUCAUGAGGAAUCCAGAAGCAAUGCAGAAGGCACAAACCGAGCUGCGUGAUAGUCUCCAAGGAAAAACGACGGUGACAGAAGAUGACCUAGCCAACAUGAAGUACCUGAAGCUGGUCAUCAUGGAGACCCUGAGGCUGCACCCUGUGGUGCCACUACUCCUGCCGCGGGAGUGCCGGGAGACCUGCAAAGUGAUGGAGUACGACGUGCCCAAGGGCACCACCGUGUUCGUGAAUGUGUGGGCAAUCAGCAGGAACCCAAAGUAUUGGGUCAACCCUGAAGAGUUCAAGCCGGAGCGGUUUGAGAGUGGCACGGUGGAUUUCAAGGGCGCGGAUUUUGAGUUCUUACCAUUUGGGGCGGGGCGACGGAUGUGUCCUGGAGUGGCGUUUGCGGUGGCAGGCAUAGAGCUCGCACUUGCCUCGCUGCUCUACCACUUCCGCUGGGAGCUCCCUGCAGGGGUCUCACCAAGGGAGCUAGAUAUGACGGAGAAGAUGGGCAUCACAGUGGGCAGGAAGAAUGAUCUUUACCUCCACCCGGUCGUUUCCGUGCCCUCGCCGGCUGUUCUGUAG